GUUUCAUUAAAGUAAAACUUUGCUGCUCUGAAUAGAGCUUGUUAACAUGAAACUCACUGGAAUCAUCUGCAUCCAGGAACACUAUGGAGCAAUUUUCAACAUGCAGGAGAAAUUGUUACAUGUGUCUGGUAACAGAAGACAGUAUUUCACAGACAGAAAACUUAUACUGGGUGGGGUAGCAACACCUUGGCACCAAACCUCUGACUCCAAAGUGAACAGAAAUGCUGGAGCACUGAGUGAAAAAAGUAUGAAAGCAGUGGUGACAGGAGGCGGCGGCUAUUUUGGAUACAGGCUGGGAUGUGCUCUUGCCAACGCAGGAGCUUCUGUUGUUCUCUAUGACAUACACAAGCCUAUCUGGGAGAUUCCCAAUGGAGCGGUGUGUAUCCAGGCAGAUGUCAGGGAUUAUGAUGCCAUAUUUGCAGCCUGUGAAGGGGCUGACUGUGUGUUCCAUGCAGCUUCAUAUGGAAUGUCAGGAAGAGAGCAAUUGCACAGAGAAGAGAUUGAAACUGUAAACAUUAAUGGAACAAGAUUCAUCAUUGAUGCCUGCAAACAAAGGAACAUUGCGAGACUGAUCUACACCAGUACAGUAAACGUGGUGUUCGGAGGGCUUCCUAUUGAAGACGGUGAUGAGGAAACUGUGCCAUAUUUUCCAAUUGAAAAGCAUGUUGAUCAUUAUUCCAGAACCAAAUCAAUUGCAGAACAAAUGGUACUAGCAGCUAAUGGAACUCCACUAGCAGGAGGUGGAGUACUCUAUACGUGUGUUCUUCGCCCACCAGGAAUCUAUGGACCAGAAGAGCAAAGACACUUGCCAAGGCUAGCAAAGAAUAUUGAGAGAGGGCUACUCAGCUUCAAGUUUGGAGAUCCUUCAGCCAAAAUGAACUGGGUGCAUGCAGAGAAUCUUGUACAGGCUCAAAUUCUAGCUGCUGAAGCCCUCACCCCUGAAAAGAACUACGUAGCUAGUGGCCAGGUGUAUUUCAUUAAUGAUGGUGAAAAAUUCAACCUUUUUGAAUGGUUAACUCCACUUUUUGAAAGAUUAGGUUGCAGUAAACCAUGGAUACGUAUUCCUACUUCCUUAGUUUAUGCAUCAGCAAUGAUAAUGGAGUAUCUUCAUCUGAUGCUGAAACCCUUUGUGGAACUGUCCCCACUGCUGACCAGAAAUGAGGUUCAGAAUAUUUCUAUAACUCACACAUUCCGAAUAGACAAGGCACGGAGUCAUCUAGGGUACAGCCCAGAGAAGUUUGCAUUUGCUGACUCUGUGGACCAUUACAUUAAAACAAGAUCAGAAGUCCAGAAUCAUCACAUCUUCCUCAAAGUUUUGCUUUCUUUAAUUGUUAGUUUAAGUUUGAUCUUCCUUUCUUUAAGACUUGAUGGCCUUUCAGUUUUGCAUUUUUUUAAAGAAACACGACACUGA